AUGGCUACCAGACAGAAAGCUCCAAAGUACCGAAAAACAAAAAAACGAAGGCCAUCAUACGUCGAUCCGGUUUUAGAAGAGGAAAGAGCCAAAAGAGUCGCAAAGAUACAAGCGAAGAGACAAACAACAAUAGACGAAGUUAAACUUUCGUUGGAGAGAAGAAGAAAUAAUAAAAUAGCCAUACAAAAUGCACGUACUGAUAAAAGGGAAAGGGAGGAACAGAAAGCGAUUAGAGAUGCCCACAAAACAGGAAGUGAAAAGAUUAUGUUACAGAUUCGUGAUGACUUAAGCCAAAUCGCUGAGACUGGUAUAAGGUGUGUAUACACGUCCAUGAUAAUACCAGAGAAAAUAAAAUACGACGGCCGAUCAAUUUUGUCGAUCAAAGGCGUUAGAUAUAGAUUGAAAAAUAAUUUACAUAUGGUUGGUUGGGGAAAAGAAGCGGUGACGAUGAGUGCGGCGUUCGAACGAGUCGUAGGCAAACACUUGAAGAAAGGUUGGAUGGUGGUGCCACGAAAAUCAAUUUUCAUGAUGUGGAGCUAUCCGGAAGCGUUCCCUCCCUUAGAUAGUCGUAUUUCGUACGUUGAAGCUGGAACUGAUGGACAACCAGACGAAAAGUCCGUGAUACAAACUAGAAGAAUUCUAAAUUAUUGUAAGAAAUUGAAGAAAAAAGAUUUGCUGAUUGUCAUGCUCUCGCAAGGAAUAGAUGAUCUUCUUUGUCUGCCGCGAGAAACUAUCACGUUGAGGGAAAAGCUCAGGGUAUUGAACAGAUUGAAAGCUGCAGACGCUACUCCGGAAGAGAUAAAUACCGUGAGAAACAAGCUUUCUGCGAUUAGAGGAGGCGAUUUAGCCCGGAUGGCCUACCCAGCGAGAGUUAUAACUCUAAUCACGUCAGACGUUUCCGCCGAGCCGAUGUCCCAACUCUCAGGUGGACCAUGCGUGUAUGAUCCAAAAGGCGAGAAAGCUCUCGCUGUGCUAGAAAAAUACAAACUUUUGGAUAGAAUAUCCUUAAGCGUGCGAGACUUGAUAGAAGAAACAGUUCCAUGGGUGAUGGCCGCUGAUAAGCAAUUGGACGCGGAUAAACAUUACAAGUUUGUUCAUAGAUACGUGAUAGCCUGUAACGCGGACGCCAUGGAGUGUAUGGCUACGGAAGCGUUCAAGAAAGGCUUGUUUCCAGUGAAACUGAAUUCAACCUGUUUAGGGGAUAUCCAAGAAUUCGCUCGUGAAUACGUUAAAAUGACAUCGUUGAUGAUUUUGGCUGUUGAGGGAAAAAUUAAUAAAUUGGAGAUGUUCCUAGAGAUGAGAGACAGUCCUAUUUGUCCUCUAACCGAUGAAAAGGUGCAGGAAAUAUUCCCUGCGAAAGACAAAUGGGGUUUGGGAAUAUGCCUUCUGUUGGGAGGGCGACCAACUGUUAAUCUUUGCUCCAAACCUGGACAAGGUGGACCAAAUCAGGAGUUAGCGCUAUAUUUCUCGUUAUAUUGGUAUUUGCGUACGCAGCAGUAUCCAAUUUUAAGAGAGUACACUGUUUGGUUCUUGGGUGGCAGCUCCUACGGGAAAGAUGGCAAUACUGAAGCAGUUGGCGCGUUUGGAUAUAACAGCUUGGCCACCAAUGUUUAUCCAGAAUUUGAGAAAGCACAAAGUAUGUAUCAAAGCGCGCACACAAAGUGGUGGAAACUUAAGGAGGAGAGACGCUUCGAAAGUAAAAUAGCGGAAGCGCGAAAAGAAAUGCUGGAACUGGAAGGUGUAAGAAACAAAUACGCCGCAAUUUUACCUGGUCGUGUUUUAGCUGAAAACAAUACAAAUUUAUUCUUCUUAAGUAUUAACGGUGAAGACGAAUUAUUAGAAUUAAAAACUGGAAAUUAUUAUACAUUCACAAACGUUGGAGAUCUUCAUAUCAUACGAAUCGCUCGCUUCCAAUGUAUCUGCGACGGCGUUUGUCAUGGACAUCAAGAAAAGGUGUGCGCUGAUAUGGAAUGUCCAGUUUAUCAAUCGUUGUCAGCCGAGGCGCAUUCGAAAUUUCAAUAUUGUUGCCGUCUUGAUCAACGAAAACAAGAUUCCUGA